AUGGCACCAUCCGCGAUUGAAACCACCUCCGAUCUAACUGGCAAGCACCGAGGUGUUCGACACAGCCCGGCAAAGCUCGCCCAUGUGGUCCUCCGGACGACUCCAAGCACCUAUAAAGAUAUGAUACAGUUUUACGUGGAUCUGCUAAAUGCUUCGAUUGUGCAUACUACGCCUGUGCUGACGUUUCUCCGGUAUGAUGAGGAACAUCAUCGGAUUGCCAUCAUUCAGACACCAGACACCCAACCCAAACCAAAAGAUGUUGGUCACGCCGGGCUUGACCAUAUUGCAUUCACGUACCCGACAUUGACCGCGAUGGCCCAACAGUACACCUACUUGAAGACUCUCUCAAACCCAUUGAAACCAUUGUGGGCGGUCAAUCACGGACCGACUUCCAGUCUCUACUAUCGAGACCCUGAUGGAAAUAAGGUCGAGCUCCAGGUAGACAACUUUGACAUUCCUGAGGACGCAGACGCGUUCAUGAAAGGGCCAUUGUAUGAUCAAAAUCCGAUGGGGACGGACAUCGACGUAGAAAUAUGGGCGGAAGAGAUAUUGAGUAAAGCCCACGAUGAUGGAUCGGAGGGCCUUUCGAAGGCUGAGAUCGAUGCAAAGAAGACCCGAAUAGAGAUUGGCGAGAGGCAGGACUUGCCUGCUGGUUUUUGA